GGCGCCGCCGCGCCGCAGUCCUCCGUGAGUGGCGCCCGGGCUCGCAGGUCCCCGCUGCGCCGCGCCACCGUCCGGGUCCCCGCCCGCGCCUCCGCCCGCUUCGCAAUGAGGGUCCUGCGUGGGUGCUGCGGGGCGCUGCUGGCGUGCCUCGUCCUAGUGCUCCCCGUCUCCGAGGCAAACUUUUUGUCAAAGCAGGAUGCGUCACAAGUCCUGGUUAGGAAACGCCGUGCAUAUUCUAUGUUUGAAGAAACCAAAAAGGGUAAUCUUGAAAGAGAAUGCAUUGAAGAAUUAUGCAAUAAAGAAGAAGCCAGGGAGAUCUUUGAAAAUGACCCUGAAACGGAUUAUUUUUAUCCAAAAUACUUAGGUUGUCUGGGCUCUUUCCGAGCCGGGUUGUUCACUGCUGCACGUCAGUCCACCGAAGCUCACCCUGAUCUGCGGAGCUGUGUCACUGCCAUUCCAGACCAAUGUAGUCCUCUGCCAUGCAAUGAGGAUGGGUACAAAAGCUGCAGAGAUGGUCAAGCUACAUUCACUUGCAUCUGUAAACCAGGUUGGCAAGGAGACAAGUGUGAAUAUGAUAUAAAUGAAUGCAAAGAUCCCUCAAAUGUAAAUGGAGGUUGCAGCCAGAUAUGUGAUAAUACACCUGGAAGUUACCGCUGUUCCUGUAAAAGUGGUUUUUUUAUGCUUUUGAAUAAGAAGGACUGCAGAGAUGUGGAUGAGUGUUCUGUAAUGCCAGACAUUUGUGGCACAGCUGUGUGCAAGAACAUCCCAGGAGACUUUGAAUGUGAAUGUGCUGAAGGCUACAGAUACAAUCCUGUACUAAAGGCUUGCGAAGACGUGGACGAAUGCUCUGAGAACAUAUGCGCUCAACUUUGUGUCAACUACCCUGGAGGUUUCUCUUGUUAUUGUGAUGGGAAAAAAGGAUUCAAACUUGCCCAAGAUCACAAGAGCUGUGAGGCUGUUCCAGUGUGCCUUCCUUUGAACCUUGACAAAAAUUAUGAAUUACUUUACUUGGCAGAGCAAUUUGUAGGCGUGGCUUUAUAUUUAAAAUUUCGUUUGCCGGAAAUCACCAGAUUUUCAGCUCAUUUUGAUUUGCGGACCUAUGAUUCAGAAGGUGUUGUCCUGUACACAGAAUCUCUUGACCACUCAGCUUGGUUCCUGAUUGCACUUCGUGAUGGAAAGAUUGAAAUUCAGUUUAAGAAUGAAUUUACAACCAAAAUCACAUCUGGAGGCAAAGUUAUUAAUGAUGGUCAUUGGAAUGUGGUCUCUGUGGAAGAACUAGAACACAGUAUUAGUGUGAAAAUAUCUAAAGAAGCUGUAAUGAAUAUAAAUAAACCCGAAAGCCUUUUUAAGCUUACAAGUGGAUUUCUAGAAACUAAAGUAUAUUUUGCAGGAUUACCUCGGAAAGCGGAGAAUACACUUGUUAGACCGAUUAACCCUCGACUAGAUGGAUGUAUACGAAGCUGGAAUUUGAUGGGUCAGGGAGCUUCGGGAAUAAAGGAAAUCAUUCAAGAAAAGCAAAAUAAGCAUUGUCUUGUCACUGUGGAGAAGGGUUCCUACUAUCCUGGUUCUGGAGUUGCUCAGUUUAGAAUAGACUACAGUAAUCUAUCCAAUGUUGAGGACUGGCAAGUAAAUGCGUCCUUGAGCAUUCGCCCAUCCACGGGCACUGGUGUUAUGUUCGCCUUGGUUUCUGGCAGCACCGUGCCCUUUGCCUUGUCCUUGGUAGACUCUGCCUCUGAAAAGCUUCAGGAUAUCCUAGUAUCCGUUGAAAAUACGGUAAUGUAUCGGAUGGAGGCCGUAAGUCUGUGUUCCAAUCAACCAUUCUAUCUGGAAUUGAGAGUCAACAGAAACAAUCUGGAGCUGUUCACUCCACUUAAAAAAGACACUAUGUCCUCUGAAAACCUUCAAAGACAGUUGGCUGUUUUGGACGAAGCAAUGAAAGGGACAGUGACCACUUACCUGGGUGGUCUUCCAGAUAUUCCAUUCAAUGCCACACCAGUGAAUGCCUUUUAUAAUGGCUGUAUGGAAGUGAACAUUAAUGGUGUCCAGUUGGAUCUGGAUGAAGCCGUUUCUAAGCAUAAUGACAUUAGAGCUCACUCAUGUCCAACAGUUUCAAACAACACAAAGAAUUCUUAAGGCUUCUUUCCUGUGCUGAUAAUAUAUUUUUCCUAUGUGUAAUUAUACUUAUGUUUCAAUAAUAGCGGAAGGGCUUUACCUGUAAUGUUCAGACCUUGAUUAUUUUAUGGUACUUUGACUUUCCUGGAAUUUUAAAAAAGGUCCUUUUUCUAGAAGAACAAGAACCUCUGAUGGUACAAAUCACAUUUAAGAAUUCUUACCUCUAUUGCUGCCUAGAAAUUAAAUAAUGAAUUACAUAAA